AUGGUGUCAGGCAGCGGGCUGACGCGUCUGCACGUCGCCUCGUUCGUCGUCGGAAGCGCCGGCAUCGUCAUCGGCAUCGUCGGCAUCGUUCUCGCCAUCGUUUUUGGCACAAGUGUGUCUGGGAAGUUUCCGAAAGGAGGACGGGGAAGGGCUAAUAUGAGAAAUACGGAUCUGGAACUCAGUAUACUGUGAAGUUAUCUAAGCAAUAAGCUUUCUGACCGCUGGUCUCCCCUCUAAGUUUGCUCGGAUCUCAGUAACGAAAACCGGACGCGCUAUGGACUUUUUUGAGCAACUCUGGGGAUCACUAAAAAGCACGGACCCUACUUAACUGAUCACCAGAAAAACCCUGACACGUCCGGUUUGCGUUACCAAGUUCCAAGUGGAAAAUUUUUGUGAAGUCUGGUCACGAAAAUUUCUUUCCUAAAAAGAAGAAAUAGUUUUUUUUAAAAGAUGGAUAAUCUAUAAACCCUCCGAAUUCAAACAGCUAGAUGUCAGUUGAAUCUUAAAUUUUUUUAAUUUCAUCGAGAUUUUAAUUUUUUGAAAAAACUGCCUAUAGAGCCUCCAAAAAAGUUUUUUUUUUUUCAGCCUUCAAAAUUUUUCUUUUCAAACUAUAUAUUUUCGUAAAUUUUUCUCAGAAUUUACCUUUUUCAAAUUAAAGUUUUUUUCUCUUCAUAAAUCAAGACACUUUAUUGCACUCGAUGAGACCAAAGACUCAAAAUUGACAUCUUCAAACUUUUAUUAUUUUCCACCUCUUAUCAUAGAAUAGAAAAGGUUUCUGGCCACUGUAAAUUGGCGGCUGAUAGGCGCCAAAAACGUGGAACUAUACUUCAUUUCCAAAAAAACGUCUAUAGUUUGAACUUUUUGAAAUUUGAUCCUGAUGUGAUCUCAAUUGAAGCUUGUAUGGAAAUUUUCAACGUUGACAAAUCGUCGAGGUAAUCUAAAGAAAUCGGUAUUAUGGCCUAAACCGUUGGUUCAGUGGUUUUAGCAUCGGAAAAAAGAUUUUGAUAGCGUUUUUCUCCCACGUUCUUAUCGGGCAUUGAACGAUCACUCACGCGUUAAUCUAAAACAUACAAAUUGACAAACUUUUGCGUGAAAACUUGCAAACAAAACCUGUGAAAAAUAAGUAAAAGUUAUCAAAAUAAAUUUUCGAAAAACUAUAAUUCUGGAAGUUCAACAAAAGAGAGGAUAGUGUAAAUUUUGUCAAAACACUUUGACAAGAAAUGGAAAUAGAAAUUCAAAAAAGUUUACCGGACUUGUUCGAAAAUCCCAUUUUUUGCGCUAACCUUGAUAUCGGUAGAAAAUCGAACCACACGCCAUUUCUAUUUUUUUUUGCGCCCCUCAUGUCACAAAUUUACUUGUAUGUAGUGUUUAAAAUGUCUCUUUUUCUCGGCUUUUGACACGAGACAUUUCUGAGGCACGUCUCGGGAUAUCAAAACGAAAUCUAGAACAACACGGUUUCAUAGCCACUUCCUGUGAAAUAAUAUCCAAAGAUAAUUAAAGCAUUUUACAGCCCAAUGCUCAAACACGACGACAACGGUCACAUCACAGUGCAAUUCCAACUUAUUUUCGAUCAGAACUGGCCUCACCACCGAAACUUUGCAAUGGAGCGACGAUUUGGGCGACGAAAACUCACAAACUUUCAAAGACAGCGCUGCGAAAGUUGGCCAGCAGGUCGGUGGAUCUGAAACGAUGUGGAAAAUUAUUGUGCGAUGAAAUUUUCAGUUAGCUGACAGCUUGCAAGCCUCUCUCAAUCCCAGCUCAAGAUUUAUGCGCGUCCUGGCCGUUGAUCCUUCCGUCAAUGCAGUUCAAGUGCAAAUCGCUCGAUUUCAGUAAGUUUCGGCUUGAAAAUUAGUUUGUCCCGAAACUGAUGAAAGAAGAGCUGUGCGUUGAGCCGAGGUUGAUGGCCGAAUCGACCCACAAUCGUCGAAAUCGCGAACUUUUUUCAUCUCACUUCAAAGUUAAAUCUCAUAUCUUCCCCAAAUAACACAUUUUCGAUCACUCACUCUCCCAAUCACACACUCUGUGAAAAUUCCGAGACAAAAAUGUUCGAAAAAUGGAAAAUUUUCGACCGCGUUGCAGCACUAUGGCCAGCCGGGCUUUCCCAGAGCACAGCUCUGGUUUUGGGAGUACCCGCGGGUUGAAAACGGGUGUUGUGGUAUCGGCCGGUCAACGGCCACCGCGUUAGAGCUUCUGUAGUUACUGUAAUUGGACUCAGUUCAUCUUUAGCUCCACGCGGACCUUGGCAACAUGAACCGGACGCGAUUCGGACGGUCAGAGAGUUUCUAGGGGCCACUUUAGUGGCUUUUUGGGUCAUGUUUUCUUUAUCGAAGUUUAAGUAACUUUAUCAUUGUUUGCCCUUACUCCUCGGCGCAUAACGGAUCUUAAGGUCAAGUUUCAAAAGGAAAGCUACACACUUUUUUGAACUUUUGCUCUUUAAAACUGCUGAAAAGAGAGCAAAAUGGAAGCGUCUUGAAGCGAAGUGUUGACAUUUGGAAGCCAAUUAGAUAUACGGUCUUUUUGGGAGAAAAAAACAGGAAAAUCUAGUCAUUAGACUCAUUUUUAUAUUUUUCUUUAAUAUUACCUCUUUUUUGACGUUUAAUCCUUUUUAUAAAAUAAAAAGGGUGUAGUCUUUAUGAUAGUUCAAGUACUUUAGCAAUUAAUGCAAGAGGAAAAGUUUGGACGACAGGUCGUCAAUUACGUUCAAUUUGCUAGCUCAAAGGAAGAUUCAAUUAUUUUCUUAGCAAUGAUUGUCGUUCUAACCAGAACCGCGACGCGCGCAGUCACAUUUUCAAAAGUGCCGUUUUUUCAUCAACUUGAUUUUUAUUUGUUUUUGCUUUGCGGGGCAAGUCCCCCGGGGUGGUCCAAAACUUCGAUUGUCUAGAAUAAUUCAGACAAGACACAACGACACCGAACGGCGUGAUUGCCUACGGUUCCGGCGUCGUUUCUGCAGCCAAGCCAAUCAAUUUGAUUCCCAACAACACAGUCGUCGGCCAGCAGCUCACCAAAGACACCACCGUCGUCCGCAAUGCCACUGUUCAACGUGAGCAACUUUUUUAUACACGUUUCCAAUUAAAAAAAAGUGCAAAACGUCCCACUAAUUAGUUUAGAUGUUUUGGAAUUCUCUCAGGAAACGCUACUAUUUUGAACAUUUUUAGAAACUCUUAAAUAUAAACUACCUUGUUAGUUCUUCAUCGGAAUCAUUUUGCAGCGGACUCGAUCGAUUUCUGUCCCGACAUCCAGUGCCCAACGCAGACGCCUCAGACGUGUCCCACCCUGCCGUCCGUAGCUCCUCCAGUCACCGUUCCGGUGACGACAAGCUGUAGUUGCCCUCCGGUCGUACCAUGCACCACACCCUCGGUCGUCACAACCAGAACUCCUCCAUCGACUGCAGCAAGUUCGGCAGCUCCAGUCACUUCACAGAGUCCAGCUGCUUCAACAAAAAUUUCGACGGUUCCAGUGACCACUCGAAGUCCUUCGUCGACUGCUGGAACCUCGGCUGCUCCAGUCACUUCUCAGAAACCAUCUACUCCCGUCUCCACAGCUCCAGUGACCACUCGAGGUCCUCCGUCGACCGCGGGAAGUUCAGCAGCUGCAUCUUCAACCAUCAUCUCAACAGUUCCGGCUAGCACGACAGUGGGAAGUUCGACCGCUCCGAUGACUUCCCAGAGUCCAUCUGCUUCUUCUUCAACUGCUGGAAGUUCGACUGCUCCACUCACCUCAAAAGCUCCCUCUACAACGGCUCCAGUCACAACCUUCACAACUCCGACUCUGAAUCCAGCAGCCUGUAAUUACUACGUUGGCAACAUCGCUCUCGCCUACGAACUCAUGCACGUCACAGUUGAUGAUGUUAGUGGGAAAAACCUAUUAAUUUUAUUAAAAAAUAAAUUAGAAGAGUAAAAACUUUAUAAGGUGCUUAUAUUAGUUCCUCUUCUUGAAAUUCCGACUGGACUUCAAUUUUUAGCUGAGAAUAAUUGACAUUUUAACCAAGAUCCCGGAAAGAUCCUAAGUUUGAAUCAUUUUUUGCCGUUAUCCGUUGAGCCAUUCCCCGUGCGGCUCUUUUUUAAAAGAUUUCGAUUUUGCUAUUGGGAAAUAGGAUAUUUAUAUUCAACGGCUGAUGUUUAAUAUCUAUCGAAAUUCGUGCUAUUAUAAAGUUUCGAGAGUUUCCAGUAAAAAAACGAUUUGCAGAAAAAUUCUUACGAGCUUCAAAUUAAAGUUUUCAAGCUAUUUUUUGAAAUGUGUGCCACGACUUGAAAUUUCACCGAACGACAUUCCGCUGUUCCGCUGCGUGUGUUCGCGAAUCGUCUUUCGAGUCUGAGCCGUGCUUUCGAUUGAUUGUUAUUGCUGUGGGAGCACAUGAAAGUAGAGUUCCUUAAUAAAAGAAAAAAAAUUAAAAGCGCGACCAAGCUUCGCAAAGGCGCGAAGUUACACAGCGGAAUGUUGUUUGGUGAAACUCGAAGUCGCAGUACACAGGCUGCAUGUCAAAUUUGAAAGGAGAGAGUAAAAUUCAUCAUUCCAACGAGAUGCCUUCAGGAGAUCCGUCGAUUCGCCGAAACUGUCUUGUUCUCGUACCCCGGAAAUGUCUACCAACUCGGCACCGUCGCUACAAACUUAACUCGAGUAGGAAUCUCAUGAAAUUAGAAAAAUGAAUAUUGGAAGCUUUUAGGUUGCUCUAGUCCCAUAUCCGUCCACGGAUGAUUAUCCUAAUGCAAAAUAUGGAGAACCUGUCAUGUGAGUCCUGCAGAAGAUUUUGGAGAUUGAAAGUUUAUUUUCCAGAAAUCUGGGGACGCUCGACCAGGUCAUGGAGUUUUUCAACGAUUUUGGUUUCGGCAUGAAGGGCUUGCCGCAAAUUUCAAGGUAAACUUUUUUAGAGAAUCUUUUGUGAGUCUUUUUGUAAAAUCGCGCUGACUAGGGAACGUUUUUGAAACUAGUCGUCGUAAGUUUUAUUUUGAGCAGUUAAAACAUAAAACAGCAGUUAAAACAUAAACCUAAAAAAAAGGGAACUUUAAAGUAUGUAGGUUAUUGGGAAACAACACGCAAGGGUAUCGGAAAAAAUUGAAAUUUCUAAUUUUCGCGAGCGCUGUCAAUUGAACUAUUUUAACUAAAAAUAGUCUUUGGGAAUGAAAAUUUUAUUAAUUUUUGUCUUUUUCUAACUGAGAACCACUAAAACUUGAAUAUUUCUUAUUUUUCAGUGCUCUCAAUUAUAUUCCAUCGAUUCCUAUCGAUCCACCGGCUGGCCCAACUACAGUAAUCAUCGUAGCUAAUAAGUUCGUUGGGAUGUUCUUCUCAUUCUAGAGUCCUGUGUGUUUUCAGCGGCUCCAUGUCGGAUGAUGCUCUGGCAUCUGCUCAAAACCUGAAAUCUCUAGGCUACAAUGUGGCGACGGUGGCUUUCUGGUCGACGGACAACCUUUCCAAGCUUGCGUCCGACCCCAGCCUGGUGUUCACAAUUUUGGAUAAAUCUCAAGAAGCCACGAUUGCGCAAGCCAUUGGAAAUGAGCUGUGUGAGUCAAAUUCGAUGGUACUUGACUAUUUAAUUUUGAUCUGGAAUCAAAAUAUUUUUAAAUUAAUUUCGAAGUUUCGCCAAAAACAAAUUCUCGCAUUAAGAAAAAAUCAAAUGUCAACUUUCUUUUGUAAAUUCAGCAGCGAAAAGACUUGAAAAAUAAGCGGAUAUUUCUUCUCUCUAUGAUCGGAAAGUUUUCAGUGAAAAUCUACUGCAGCGGACAAUGGGCAGUGACGACAGAAAAUCCUACCGUCGACACGUCGGUUGUUCCAAGGUCUACAAACACUUAUCAGACGUCUUCCACGACUCAACCAUCGGCCACCUCCCCCUCUUCGGUGAAUCCUACCACUACUCAGUCAGCGUCUUCGACCACCGCUCCGGUUACUUCCGCAGCCGCUAGCACAACUCAGCCCGGAGCACCAUCUACAACUACUCUUUCAGCCCUAACAACUUCUAAAGCUGCCAGCACUUCCCAGCCGCCGGUCGUGACUUCCACCAACGCUCCUCCUGGCACUUCUCAAGCUCCAGUUGUGACGUCAACGACAUCAGGAGUUCAAACCUCUACCACAGCUCAGCCAAGCCCUCCGAGUACUUCUCGAGCUCCAGUAGUAUCGACUACGACGGGAGGAGCUCAAACUUCUACAGCCGAACCAAGUACUUCCCAAGCUCCAAUGGUUUCGACGACGACGGGAGGAUCUCAAACUUCUACAGUCGCGCCAAGAACUUCUCAAGCUCCAGUAGUAUCGACGACGACAAGAGGAUCUCAAACUUCUACGGUCGCGCCAAGUACUUCUCAAGCUCCAAUUGUUUCGACGACAACAGGAGGAGCUCAAACUUCUACAGUCGCGCCAAGUACUUCUCAAGCUCCAGUAGUAUCGACGACGACGGGAGGAGCUCAAACUUCUACCACAGCUCAGCCAAGUACUUCUCAAGCUCCAGUAGUAUCGACGACGACGGGAGUAGCUCAAACUUCUACCACAGCUCAGCCAAGUACUUCUCAAGCUCCAAUUGUUUCGACGACGACAGGAGGAGCUCAAACUUCCCCUACGACUCCGCCAAGUCCUCCAAGCACCUCUCAAGCUCCAGUAGUCUCUUCCACAACAGGUAAAACUCAAGCUUCUUCGAUUGGAUCCUCCUCGCCGAUUCCAAGUACUUCUCAACCACCUGUAGUAUCGACAACGAGAGGGGGAACUCAAACUCCUAGUUCGACAUCACCGAAUCCUCCAAGUACUUCACAAGCUCCGAUAACCUCCCCCACAACAGGUAAUGCUCAAACCUCAACCGUCGGACCAAGCACUUCUCAACCGCAUGUAGUAUCGACAACGACAGGUUCCGCUCAAACAUCUACCUCAGCUCCACCGAGUCCUCCAAGUACCUCCUCGGCUCCAGUAAUGUCUACUACAACAGGUAAUGUUCAAACUUCAACCGUCGGACCAAGUACUUCUCAACCUCCCGUCGUAACUUCAACGAAAGCUUUAUCAAGUCUGAGCACAUCUCAACCUCCAGUAGUCUCAUCAACAACAGGUAAUGCUCAUUCCUCUUCCACGGCUUCUUCCUCACCGAUUCCAACUACUUCGCAAGUAGUAACUUCAACAGCAGGAUCUAAAACAUCUACUUUGGCUCCGCCAAGCCCUCCAAGCACAUCUCAACCGCCUGUAGUAUCGAAAACGACAGGUUCCGCUCAAACAUCUCCCUCAGCUCCACCGAGUCCUCCAAGUUCCUCCUCGGCUCCAGUAAUGUCCACUACAACAGGUAAUGUUCAAACUUCAACCGUCGGACCAAGUACUUCUCAACCUCCCGUCGUAACUUCAACGAAAGCUUUAUCAAGUCUGAGCACAUCUCAACCUCCAGUAGUAUCUUCGACCACAGGUGGAGCUCAAACUUCAACCCAGGCUCUUUCUUCAACGACAGCUCCAGCUCAGACUUCCUCUACGGCUCCAGCAAGCCCUCCUAGUACUUCUCAGGCUCCAAUAGCCUCUUCAACGACACCUGGAGUCCAAACUUCCACCAGUCAACCCCCCGUAGUCACUUCAACGAGUAUCCCAUCCCAAAGUUCUACUUCGGCUUUGCCCACCAAAAUUUCAAGUACCUCCCAACCACCAAUAGUUUCCUCGACGACAGGUAAAGAUUAAAAUUUGACUAGAGCUACUUUUAAAAUUGAAAGUAGAAGCUCUGAAACCCUUUACUUAGUAAAAUGUGAAAAAAAUUCUUGCAGAUCCUGAAAAUUAUCCUUAAAAUAGAAAUAAGAUGAUCCAAAACUGUUUCAGCUUUUUCAAAAUAUUAUAUUAGGAAAAACCUUGCUCGAAAGUACACUUCCAACAGCCUCGUUGAUUUUAACGAUUUCGAGCUUAUUUUUAAAAAAAUCGAAAGAUUUCGUUGGGUGCAGUUCAAGAUGAAACGAAGAACUUGGAGAUUUUCGUCAUAAUCGCGGUUUUGGGGAUCAGCGCUUCGACUCCUUCAUAAUUUUUGUCAUAAAUUCAUCGGCGAGAUCAUGCUGUUCCUACGAUCUUCUUUACUAUUUUUUUUCUUUAAAACUUAGCUUCGAUUGUUUACAUUUGAUCAUUGAGCAGUUCUUCUUUUCCUAACCUUUAACUGAAUAACCUUUUUUAGCAGCAGCAAGCACGACAAACCAAUUGGGAUCGUCUUCUUCGACCAACGCGGCUUCUACGGCCAGCACCAGCCAGCCGGGCGGAUCUACUUCGACCGUUGUGGUCCCGUCGAGCUCCAACAAGCCGAGCUCCUCUCAGCCAAGCUCUUCCGCGACAGCUUCCAGCACGGCUGUCCCUACCACAACCAUCUAUGUUCCCACCUCAUCUAGAGCCCCUUGCGAUGGUCGCUACGUCUACAAAGGCCAAAUCGCGGUGGCUUACGAGCUGACGAACAAUGCUCCCGCGGACAGACUUCAGGUGAGAGUUUCUUAGCUAGCAAAGUUUUUGAAGUGUAUUACAAGGUGAAAAAGUCAGCAAAACGCUCAAAGCUGUUUUAAGUUGGUGCAAAGUUUUUGGACAUUCGAACAUUUGGCUAGUUUGAGAGUGAGAACGACCAGAAAAAGCGUUCUCGAACAAUUUUCUCACUUUUUUACCUUGCUGUGAACUUUGCAUUCUUUCUAUAAAUUUUUCCGGAUUUGAAGACCUGAGCAGGCCAGUCCUGGGAAGGUGUUGAAAAGGUAACCACCAGGAAGUCGGAAGGUGAACAGAAGCUGGAAGGUCUUGGAAAGGCCCUUGGAAGGUUCAAAAAAAAAAUGAAAAUAUCUGCCAGAAUCUUUUCAACCGGCUUCUGAAAGGUAAGGGAAAGGGCUGGGAAGCUAAAUGGAAGACCCCUUGCUGCAAAGCUCUAAAACGCCUUCCGAGAAACCGAAAACAUAAGCUAACCAAUUUUUAUCCUACUAUAAGACGUCAUUUCAUUUCUGGAACGUCAGGCUAUCACCUCGUUCCUUGGAAACAAUCUAUUCAACUCGACUCGAUAUGCCUUGGGAACGGACGGAGAUGGAAAUCGAGCCACUUUGGCCUCUUUGGUCCCUUAUCCAGGCACAUCGAAUAACUACAAUGUUCUCCCGUAUGGAACUCCAACGUUCGUUUUUUUGAUUGAGUUCAUUGAAAAAAAGAACAAAAUUUCAGAAGUAUUGAUGACAUUAAGAGUGAAAUCAAGACACAGCCGCUUACUCUGGAAAGCUCACCAAAUAUUGUAGAGUUCGUUUAGAAAAUAUUUCUCCAAACUUUCGGGUUACUUUCAGUGCUUUGCAAUACAUAAGUCAAAACUUAAUGGCCACAGAGUUUGCAGCCAUUGUCAUCGUCGGAACGAAGUUGGUUUUGAAAUUCUUUGAACAUUCAGAAAGAUCAUUUUUACAAGAAAAAAAAAAUUACAGCGCUUCUGGUGUGAAUGAUGCGAUUGCGGCAGCAAACAAUCUCAAGAACACUUUCCAAAUCCUGACCGUAGGAAUCACGGCGGGUGCAGGAGAUUUCUCACCACUUGCUUCGAGUAAAACUUAAAAUCUCGAUUCCUCUUCCAAUUUGAAGAUUUUAGGGAAAGACUACAGCUUUACAACGACCGAUGGCGCCUACCAGAGCACUGCCGACAAGAUUGCAAAGAUUCUUUGUCAGUCUAAAAUAAGUUCAGAACGCGAAUGAGUUUUUUUUUUUGCAGCCGACCUUUCCUACACCUGCUUCCACCCGGGAACUCCCCAAUCUUCAACUUCGGCAGGAAGCACGGCUUCACCGACCAGCGGAGCUGCAACUAGUUCUGCCGCACCGCAGAGUACGACUUCAGGCCAGCAGGCCUCUUCUAUCUCGGCAGGGAGCACGGCUCUUCCUCAGAGCACGACCAGCGGAACUGCAACUAGUUCUGCCGCACCGCAGAGUACGACGUCAGGCCAGCAAGUUUCGUCCACUUCGGGCGGAAGUACAGCAUCUCCUGCGAUUUCAUCGACGGCGAAAGGAAGCACAGCUGCUCCACCGAGUUCGACCAGUGGAGCUCCAUCUAGUUCAGCUCCAGCCUUGACGUCAACCACGGCUCCAGCUCAAAGCACGACCAGUGGAGCUGCAACUAGCACUGCAGCACCUCAGAGUACGACUUCUGGACAGCAAGGCUCCUCUACUUCGGCAGGAAGCACGGCUCUUCCUCAAAGCACGACCACUGGAGCUGCAACUAGCACUGCAGCACUUCAGAGUACGACUUCAGGACAGCAAGGCUCCUCUACUUCGGCAGGAAGCACGGCUCUUCCUCCAAGCACGACCAGUGGAGCUGCAACUAGCACUGCAGCACUUCAGAGUACGACUUCAGGACAGCAAGGCUCCUCUACUUCGGCAGGAAGCACGGCUCCCGUUCAGAGCACCACCACAGAAGCUCCUGCAAGCAGCACCGUAGUGUCUUCAUCGCCAUCUUCCUCGAAACCCGAAUCCACGACGAUCGUGACGACUACGAAUAACCCUACAACAACCGUCUGUAAUGGCGACCAAGUCUACCUCGGCGAUAUCGCCAUCGCCUAUGAGUCCAUUCCCACCGAUGCCGCACACAAGGUCUCUCAUCAAAACCCUUGAUUGAUUCCGAAAAUUAACUUUAGGCGAUAACCGACUUCCUGAGCGGUCCAUUACUGGCUCAGAGAGGAUAUGGCUUGGAAGGCGACUACUUGACCCUCGUCCAACCAACCAAUGCCACUCUUGUGCCUUAUCCGUCCAGUGCCGAGUAUCUAAUAUCUGCUUAUGGAUCUAUUCAGUACGUUUCGAUAAGAAAAAAACGAGACAAAAAUAUCUUUCAGACAAGUCAGCGCGAUCAGCGACCAAAUUGCAGCUUACGAUUUCUUUUUCACUGCCAACAAGUUUGAUCCGACUCCUGUUAUCAAUGAGUAACCACUGAAUUUAAAUCCCUUGUGAAAGAAGUUCACUAAUUAUAGCGCCUUCGUGUAUAUCCAGAACCAAUUGCCUCCAAGCUCACCUGGAAAUACUGCCGCCGUCAUUUUGGUCGCCGUCGAGUAAGGGAGACUAGAUUUUGAAGAAACGCAAACUACUCUCACCAGCUUAUAAGCAUUAAAAAAACUUCUUGAUCCAAGAUAUUAAAUGAGAACCGCCAGAUAAAAUAAGAAGGCAUGUGGAUAAAUUUAUGGUCACUCAGACUUUGAAAAAAAAAAAAUGAACUUGACCGAGUAGACUUAAUCUUUCAACUUUGACCCCAUUACUUUCUUCAAAGACUUAUAUAUAAGUGAGGCUACUUUUUGUUUUUUUCGCUCAAACUUUUCCCAAAAGACCUUUCUAAUUUAAAGGUUUGAAACUUAAAUAUCAAUCAGGUUGAUGAGAAUUCCUAAAAAUUGAUGUUCAAAAACUUGAAAAUUCGCUUUAACUUGGUCCAGUAGAUAGCGCAAAAUUCGAAGAAAUUUAUUCCUUCACAAAAAUCAUGGUACUUCCACUGAUUUUCGCUACUUUAUCUUUAUAAAAAUGUCCUUCUUGUGAGCUUCGCUGGACCUCCUGAUUUCAGAAAAAGAAUAAAAUUUCUCGUUUUUCGUUUUCUUUUUCUCAAAGUUGAAUCAAAUGUCCAACAGGGGCUAAAAACACUUCCUGGUGAGAUCAGCUCUUGGCAAGAUGAUAAAAGCAAAUUCAGCGCUUCACAAGUGGCCAACGCCAAGGCCACAGCCGACAGUCUGAAGCAAGCCGGCUACAUCGUCUUCACUGUCGCCAUCGGAAGUGCUGCUGGCGAUUUCUCGAGUCUCGCCACUCCUGGUUUGACCUCAACCUCUCGAAAACAUCUAAUUUUCCCCUCUAGGCGAUCAAUACAACUUCAAAGUCCUUGAUGAUGGUUCUACGGCUGCGAGUUCUAUUUCUGCGACCCUUGGUUGGUUUUCGAAGGCAAAUUCUGAUUUUUAACUUGAUAAGAACUGUUCCCUUUCUAGUUUCAUUUGAAUCAUCGUGGUGCGGCAUUUUUCAGUUUUACUAAAUCUUUUUUCCCCAAAUUUCAAAGUUAUUUGGAUUAUCUUUUCCGGGUGGUUUAGUCGGAAAUUUUUCUCACUCGCAAGUAGAUGUUCUCUUACACAUGAAAAUAGUUAUAAAUAGUUGCGAUUAGAAUAAAAAACGGUAUUUUCGACGCACAAAAACGGUUCAAAGCAUACGUGGGCGAGGUCAUUAAAAAUAGUGACGUCAUUGCGCAGAAUUUUCUAACCGGAACUUCAGAUUUCGCCAAACUGAGUUCAAACCAUCAUCAAACAAUAUUUUGGAAAACUUUGAAAGUUCAAUGAAUUCAACGUUUUUCAUUCAGUUGCGAAGUCCCCAACAUGCUAUCAUCGGCAGGCACCUACUACUGUCGCAACCACUCUUUCGACUUCGCCGACGGCUACCAAUACCAAGUCUGCUUUGAAACGAAAAAAGGGUGAACAAUAAUGUGCUUGCAGACAAAGUUCUGCGGCUUCCUCGACACCUCCGCAGCAAAUCACGAGCAGCGCCCCUCUGACGACACAGCUCACCAGUACCGCAGCUCCGACAACUUCCCGCUGUCCGACCACUCAGCAGAUCUUGGGCGUCACCUACGAACUGCAAAAGAACAACCUCCCAGCUGCAACGGUGACUUUAUCUCAUUCAAAAUCGGAAAGCAGCGCUCGAAAAUAUCGAAAUUUCCGCCGCAAAGACCUGCAAAGUUGAUCUCGAUACUUUGACGGUCUCGCGACGUAACCGCUUUAUCGCCGCGCCGGACUCGCGUUUCUCUUGGCGUGACCUCGAACUUUUUUUCACGCGCCCAGGGCAUACUUGGGCAGCGGCCGCUUUUAAAGUCUCUGAAGUGCCGAGACGAGAAAAAGGCUAGAUCGCCCCGAAAAGUAACGCGGUUACAAGCAGUACAUCUGCGAGAUCGUCAUUGUACCGCAAGCGACCUCGUUUUAUCGGGGCAGUGAGUUUUGUUGUUUCAGUCAUAGAUGUCGCCUUGUGAACAACAGACAUAAAUGGAAUUGGAAAAGAACAAAGGAAAACAUAAAAGAGAGAAGAGAAAUGAAAAAAACCUGAUUUUUUUCGCAGCUUCUCAAUCUUCUCAUUAUAACCUAAAACUCGUCUUUCUAAAAAAAAAGUGACGAGUUUUUUGAUUAAUUCAAGUGAAAUGUUUUCCUCAAAAAUCAUCUUCGCCAAAGUUUGAAGUCUUUUAAGACAAAAAAAGGUCAAAGGUCAAUCGAGGUAUCCACAUCGUCAGUCAAUAAAUAGGAUACGCGGAGAGAGUGCUAUCCGGCAGCAUACUUCUAAAACUUCGUCAGCACUCUCAAAUCCAGAAGGCAUAGGGAUAGUAUCGGAGUGCACACAAAGAGUUCUGAAAAAAGCAGAAAGUUAGCCUCUGUAAGCUAUUUAUUGAUUGACCGCGUGCAAAUCCCGAUUGAGUUUGAAAGUGCACUCCGUUAGCUAUUUUUGUGGAUGCGCCGAUUGACCAGUGAUUCUAAACUACUGAAACGGCGCUCUAUUGAACUGCCGCUUAAGAAUACGAAAAUUAUUCUCAGGCCUUCGUAACGCGAACCGGACGCUAAAGCAUUUCUAGAAACUCCUUCAGUAGCGUCAUCGCUCUCAAGUAAUCUCACAAACGUUCGGAGCACGUAAUGGGUCCGUUUUCGAGGUCCGAAUUAUUAAUUCUUAAAGUGAGAGAGAGGGGGUAGUUAUAAAAAAUUCGAAACUUUUUUUUUCAUUUCAUCAAAGAUCAAACUCUGUUUCAGGCCGCGCAGACGUUCAUCAAGGACUAUCUUGCUGCGCAGUCGCAAACUCUGACGAUCAUCAACGGCGGAGCCAACUUUUCGCUAAUUCCUUUCCCCAAUUCGGAUCAAUACGCCGGUCUCGGCGGCGAUUUCGGAACUAUCCAGAGUAGGGAUAAUCUCAAUGCAAUCUUGGAUGCUCAAUACCAAGUCGGAAGUAUGUUCGACGGAGAUUCGGAUAUCAACGGGUUUUCGAAUUCCUUAUGAUAAAGUUCAUCUUUUUUGCAUCUAGCGGUAUCAGUUCGAUAACUUCACAGCAGGGAUGGAACGUGCCGGAUCAGAAGAACAUUCUGAUUUUCGCUGACUCGUAAGUUGUCCAGUUUUUCAAACUAUUUCUUUUGAAAGACGUGAAAAAUUCGCCUCUGAUCCAAUACGGGGACUCUAUAGUCCAUCCACCGCGACUUGACAGUUUUCGCGUGUCUGCGUCUCUCUCUCUCUCUCUCUGUUCCCUCACCGGCGAGGUCAGAGAAAAAUGAAAACAGCACGUAAACAUGAGAGAAAAGUCGAGAGAUGAGGAAGGCGCAGUGAGGCCCCGCCCUUUCAAGCCGCGAAAAAUAGACUAUAUAAUUAUGAAAUUUUGAAUGCAAAACUUGACGCCUACUGCUUCAGAAUGACUUCCUAAAAAAUUCAGCCUUUUGAAAAUAAGCUCAAGACAUUUGUUAAUCAAAUUUAACGAUAUUUGGAAAGCUAGCAGUAGCGCUGAAGCUGCACCCGACAAAAAUCAAUUUCCGCGCAGAGGAAUCGAAAAUCGCAAGUUUCUGGAAUUCAAAAUCCAACUACAGCGCGUCUGUUAUGGUCCGUUUUGAAAGUUUUCGAGUGUCUGCGUCUCUUCGUUCCCUGACAGGGGAGGUCAGAGAAACAUCGAAAUAACGGGUCAACAUGAGAGGGUCACCGAAAGACGAAGAGGACCCAGAGAAGUCUUGCUCUUAAAAGUCGUGUAAAACGGACUAUAGUCUGCUAAAACUUUAAAGUUCAAUUAGUCGCUAAAGCUCCGCCCCUAAUGGCGCGAUGAACCAAACAGAGAGUGAGCCAUCUACAGAGCGUUUUCGAAUGACGUUAUUAUACACGGCAUUUAAAACCUCCACAGACUGUGUAGAGCUUCAUUUUUUCCACAUUUCAUUACCAUCCGAACGGAAUAUUUCAAUUUGCACUCCCACGUUUGACCAGAGUAAUUUUAUUUCGAAACAGGAGCAUCAUAGUAUCAGAUGAUCGAAUGAUCAAUCAAAAUGAGUUCUUCAGGGCUGAUGGUGUGGCAGGAGCUCAGACCGUCGCGACGCAACUCAAGGACGCCGGCGUGACCAUCUUCACCGUGAGUGUGACGACGGGAACGGCGUUCGACCUCAACUCCCUGGCCACCGCCGACAACUACGCCUUCCAGCUGGACGCUCAGAAUGCCGAUGACGCGGCUCGAAAGAAGACCGCCAAUGAUAUCGACAAACUGUUGGGUUAGUUCUAAAGGCUGGCAGAGCACUUCUCCGCAAAGCUGUGAAUCUUUUCAGAUUUUGAAUUACAAAUCUUCGGUUAAGCUCCGACCAAAUCUUCACAAAAACAACUUUUUUAAAAGAACGAAGAUGCAAAAAUUCAAAUUUCACAGAAAUACAUUCAGACCUCUAUUUCUAUGGGAAACUUGAAAAAAAAUUAAUUUAAAUUUUCUUCUUUUCAGCUAACCUUGCCGCUCCUUGUUACGUGCCGCCUACAACGUAAGUAUUUUUAUUCCAGCUUUCGAUUUUUUUGAUUGGAAAUAUUUCAGUGUACCUCCCGUCACUGUUCCACCUUCAACCUCGUAAGAGAUACUCUGAAAAAAAAUAAAUAUCAUUUUGAAUUUUUCAGAAAAAAAGUGCCGCUAGUUCCACAGCUGCUCCGACGACCAGUCAGCCAACGUGAGAGAUUUCGCAAUUUCGAAAUUUUUGACUUUUGAUCUUCCUAAAGCGCUCACGAAACUUCUAGAAGUGCAAGAAUCGAAUCUUCAAUCAAUUCAAUCGAAUUUUUUUUUUUCACAAACACAAGUACUAAAAUUUGCGAAAUAGAUGUAGGGGAAAUGUAGGAAAAUAAUGUCAUGAACCUAAAUAAACUUGUGAAAGAAAAAGUUUUGGAUUGAAUAUAUAAUAUAAUUCUGGUGAAAAUGAGGAAACUUCAAGAUGCUUUUUCUGGCUUCUUUCAUCUAAAAACUUUCCAGAGCUUCUCCUAGCUCUACAGUAGUCGCUUCAUCGACUUCUGGAUCCACACAAUCAUCGUAAGAUUCAAAAAAUAAAAUUUAUAGUCAUGAACCUAAAUAAACAAAAAGUAAUCUUCUCUUAUUCCAAAGAAGUUAUUUUUGGUUUGCUGUAGCUCCUUUUUUAUUGAAUUCUUUAACUAAAUUCCGUUCCAGAGCUUCUCCUAGCUCUACAGUAGUCGCUUCAUCGACUUCUUCUGGAUCCACACAAUCACCGUAAGAUUCAAAAAGUCAUAAAACGGAAAUUUAAAAAAACGCCUUUUUCUAUUUUUAAAAUUGUCGAUUUCUCCUCACAAGUGACGUCAGUUUACUUUGUUGUUGGGAACUUCCUGAAAAUUUUGCCAAAAGACUCUUUGGUGUACAAGAGGAAGACCCUGAAAGUUUCGAGCUGCAAAAAGUUAUUUUUCGAGGAAAGACGCAUCAAAAUUUUGAAAAAUCCGUUUAAAAAUGGACUAUUUUUGGUCUUUGAGCCCUUGUUUCUUGAAUAUCAGGAUGCAGCUAGAGCCUUCCUAAAGUGUUGAGUGAAAAUUCAAUCAAAGAAAGUGAUUUAAUCUUUUUUCACUAUUGUUUUAUCAACCAUCUUAUCUCUUGACUUUCCCUUUUUUGAAAAAAAUCCGAAAAAGAAAAUUCUUGAAGACUUUACUCACUUUUUAUUUGUUGCAUUCUUUUUUUAGUUUCAGAGCUUCUUCUAGCUCUACGGUAGUCGCCUCGUCCGCCUCUCCCAAGUCUACACAGUCACCGUAAAUUUUAAAUUUUGAAGCAUUUUCGAGUUUGAAGAAAAUGAAAAAAAAAAUCUUCAGUGCCUCACCUAGUUCUACUGUAACCGGAUCAAGCCAAUCAACGUAAGUCUUCAAUGAAUUGACUUUUCUGUUGACCAAAACUUCAUUCAGAGCGCCUGGAAGCUCUACAGUACCGACCUCUUCAGGGUCAACUCAGUCGCCGUGAGUAGAUAGUGCUCCCGGCUAAUUUCCAUUCUUACGAAAAUCUUCAGAGCCUCUCCUAGUUCUACUGUAGUUGGAUCAAGUCAGUCGCCGUGAGUUUCGAAAAUUCCCGAUUUUAUAGAAAGUUUCUGGAUUCAGGGCAUCUUCAAGCUCUACACAGGCGGCAUCGUCGACGACUGGACCUAGCCAAUCACCGUAAAUUUCCUAUCUCUCAAAGAUUCUUUCAUAAAAUUUUCUAGAGUUUCUUCUAGCUCUACAGUACCGACCUCUUCAGGGUCAACUCAGUCGCCGUGAGUUUAGAGUGUUCCAGAUUACUUUCCAUUGUAAAAAAAAAUCUUCAGAGCCUCUCCUAGUUCUACUGUAGUUGGAUCAAGUCAGUCGCCGUGAGUUUUGAAUAUUUUCGAUUUUAUAGUGAAUUUCUGGAUUCAGGGCAUCUUCAAGCUCUACACAGGCGGCAUCGUCAACGACUGGACCUAGCCGAUCGCCGUAAAUUUCCUAUCUCUCAACGAUUCUUUCAUACAGUUUUUUAGAGCUCCUUCUAGCUCUACAGUAACCGUAGCGUCGACUUCUCUCGGAUCCACUCAAUCACCGUAAGUUCUACGGAUUGUCAACAUAGCGGACAGAAGUCAUUUUAGAAAUGAAAGAGUGAAGAAAAUGUUCCCACUCUCUUUCGAUCUGCCGUGAAAAGAUAAUCAAUGAAUAUCAUUUUUUUAAACACCUGCGCGAUUUUUUUUUCUCAGAAAUCUAUUUGCACCUUCACAUUUUUAGAAUGAACUGAUUUUAAUAGAAUCAUAAGCUUGAUGCGCAACUAGAGAAAAAACAGAAAACUAUUUUCUAUUUGAAAAUACAAAAUUUUUUGCGGUUGGGGUACUCUCAUAUUUGGUCAGAAUUCUUUAUGUACCCAAACAAUAUUCUGUAAGUUUCAACCUGCACAACUUCCUAGUUUUCGAGGAAUAAAAGCUCAAAGCCCAAAAAUAGCCUAGUAUAAUUAUUUUAAGAGUUUUCUUUUACUUCGAGAAGCCCUUUUUCAGAAAAUAAAACGUUGUGUAGGAUGACAUUUCCAGGUUUCUCAUCUGAUACAUCAAAGAGAUUUCUGGCUAACUUCUAGAAAAAUUCCAACCGCAAAGUGAACUUAUCUUCCUUAUGAGCCUGAGCUUGUUCUCCGAGUUUUGAGCUGAAGCCUCUUGAAAGGAAAUUCGAAAUUCUUUAAUCUUUUCAGAGCUUCUUUCAGUUCUACGACAGCCGUGUCGUCCACUUCUCCCGGAUCACCGUGAGUUUUGAGGAUUCCAGACUAAUUAUAAGUCCAAUCCUAAAUUCAAAAACUUUCUUUCAGAGCUUUCACUAGUUCCACUGUGGUCGGGUCAAGCCAAUCACCGUAAGUUCCAGCUUUCCUUGGCUUUUCAUGGGUUUGUGUUUUGAUUCAAAAAUUUUAAUUUUAGUGCUCCGUCUUCCUCUCCUGGAUCCACUCAAUCACCGUGAGUUUUGAGGAUUCCAGACUAUAGUCUAACGUCAUAUUUUAAAAUUUUCGUUCAGAGCUUCGCCUAGUUCCACUGUGGUCGGAUCCAGCCAAUCACCGUAAGUUUUUAAAAUAGCGAUUUUUUUCCUCAGAAAUACUGCCGCUAGUUUAAGACUCAAAAUGAAAAACUAAUUUUACACCGAAAUCUAAUUAAAUUUUUUGUUUUGGAAAAGUUUAUGUGAACCUUUUUCCAAGUUUCUCUGCUUAUUUCAAAAAAAAAGUUCUCUCUCAAAACAAGAUUUUUUUCAGCUGACAAAAAAAUAAUAUAAAAAAAUGUUCAGAUCAACCGGUUCCUUUUACAACAAUAACACCUGUACCUGGUCCGACGUAAGUUUUUUUCAAUUCUUUGGAGUUUUUGAAGAAAAAUGAUAAUAUUUACUUUUUUUCAACUCCAGAAAGGCUUCAGGAAAUUUUUUUAUUUCUUAAAGAAUAUUUUUUUAUUUUUCAGGGGCUCUCCUAGCUCUUCAUCGUCGUCAGCAACCGUUCCAUCAACGUGAAUUUUUUUUUGAGAUUUUUAAAAAUUUUUGUUGGAUUCUUAGUCGAUCCCUGUCGAAGCUGAUGAUUUUGUUUAAAGCCCAAAGAUAUUCAAUUCGGGCAGAAAUUGCUAUAGAAGACUUUAUUUUUUUUCAAUUUAUUGAAUAUACAUCCUACCAAUAAAAAAAAUUAAUCUGGUUUUCAGAACGGCCAAUGGAAACACUGGAAGCAGCAGCUCUGUGAACCCCUCCUCACAGUGAGAAAUUUCAUCCCAUUUUCCAAAUAAUCUGUUUUUCAGGGCAUCAUCUAGUUCAGUAGCUCCAUCAUCAUCUACGAACUCUGGAUCAAGCCAAACGACGUAAAAAUCUGAUUAUCCCCAUUUAAAAUAAACUUUAUUUUAAUUCAGACCAAUCGCGGCUGGCUCCAGUUCAACAUCACCUCAAUAA